AAGCUAACGCAAAAUCAAAAAGCAAAGCUUUAAAGUUUAAACAAACAAACACAAAUAAAAAUUAAAAAGCAUAUAUCAACCAUUCAUUCACCAAGUUCGUCUGGAGAUAUAAAGCAACCUUCUUAUAAGUUGUUCCAUCUUCAUCUUCUUUAUAUAUAAAUUCUUGGGCGCAUUCUUACCAAGUCAAGAAUCAAGAUCAAGGGAGAUUUUUAAAAUCUUUACAAGUCCUAAGAAAAUUUCAGAUUCAAUUAAACCAUGGUUGGUAUAUUUUCAAGAUUCUCUGUUGGUAGAAGCAGUCAUCGACGAACACAAAGUGCAAUCGAUGAUAAGGAAGUAUUGGCUCCAAAUUCUGAUGUUGUUGCAGCAACUACCACAACUGCAACAACUGCUACUCAUGGGAUUGAAGUAGCUACAGAGUUCAAACCUGUUGAACACCCGGUCGAGCCUCUGGACAAUGAUCUACCCAUUCAGUGUCCAUUGCCUGAACCAUCCAUUCUAAAUGAUGGGAGAAUCUGGAAGGAGAGAGUAUCAGCGUCUAUGAUGAGAAAAGGUGAUUUGCAGAUUGUGAAAGAUGAGGCUGCUUCUGAAUCUGAUGGAUCCGCACCAAAACCGCCUCGUCCGCCUCAGCCAAACCGUUCGAUCUUGCCAUCACUCAGUGCCCCUGAACACAACUUGCUAAAUCUAUUAGAAGAAUGCAAUGCCAUGCCGCCGGUAACAUCUAAGAAUGGAUGAAUAAAAAGUUCCUUAAAACUCAAAUCUGUGAGCAUGUGAGAGGUGACAUUAUCAUUGUGUUUGUGACGUUGUUGUUGGCCGUAUUAAGAAUCUCUCUAUUUACAUACUGUUUCUCUCUCAUCAUAAUCUUCUGGAGAGCCUAAAUAAUGAAAUUGUUGUGAUUAAUAAGGCAGGUUUGAUUCACUUUCUGUUA